GGCCACCGUGAGGUUAGAAAUCCCGGUUUGCCCCGCCAAGAUUUCAGAUCAACCAGAUCUUCAACCCUUGAGAACAUGACAGCAUCGCAGGUUGAGGCGACAGUGAGAAAACGACCAAACGCAGCGGCGCAGCUGCUCCCCGAGAACAAGACCGCACACUGCUCUCAACUUGCUGAGUGUUCGUACAAUGGCCACGACAACGGUAACGGCGACGAUCCGGAAGAAGGACGCAAACCUUCCCCCGGAAAACGAGCGCUUCCUCCGCUGCUGCGCAGACAUCGCCAACACGCUCAUCGAAGACCAUGAAGCGGCCAAAGAUCCCUCUCGUCCCCGGAAAGACAUCAACCUCAAUACCCUGCGCGCCAAAUUUGCAAAAAAGCACAAGAUCAACAAUGUGCCGCCAUUGACUGCUAUCAUCGCCGCCGUACCAGAACACUACAAGAAGUACAUCCUACCGAGGUUGAUUGCGAAGCCCAUCCGUACUUCCUCUGGGAUUGCUGUGGUGGCGGUUAUGUGCAAGCCGCACCGGUGUCCUCAUAUCGCAUACACGGGCAACAUCUGCGUCUACUGUCCCGGUGGACCGGAUUCCGACUUCGAAUAUAGCACGCAAUCUUAUACAGGAUACGAGCCGACCUCGAUGCGGGCAAUUCGGGCUCGCUAUGACCCCUUCGAGCAGGCCCGCGGGCGGGUCGACCAGCUCAAAGCGUUGGGACAUUCGGUAGACAAAGUCGAGUACAUCAUCAUGGGCGGGACGUUUAUGUCGCUGCCGGAGUCCUACCGGGACGAGUUUAUCUCUCAGCUUCACAACGCGCUGAGCGGGUACGGUACACUGAACGUAGACGAGGCAGUCCGGGCAGGCGAGCAGAGCAGCAUCAAGUGCGUGGGCAUCACGAUCGAGACGCGACCAGAUUACUGCCUACAACCUCACCUAUCCAGCAUGCUGCGGUACGGGUGUACCCGUCUUGAGAUUGGCGUACAGUCCCUUUACGAAGACGUUGCCCGAGACACCAACCGCGGCCACACUGUCGCGGCCGUGGCCGAGACCUUCUGCCUCGCCAAAGACGCCGGCUUCAAGGUCGUUAGCCACAUGAUGCCGGAUCUUCCCAACGUCGGCAUGGAGCGCGAUCUGGAUCAGUUCAAAGAGUACUUCGAGAAUCCGGCCUUCCGCACCGAUGGUCUCAAGAUCUACCCAACCCUCGUGAUCCGCGGCACCGGGCUGUACGAGUUAUGGAGGACGGGGCGGUACCAGAACUACACCCCUAACGGGCUCAUCGACCUGGUAGCGCGCAUCCUCGCCCUCGUGCCGCCCUGGACGCGCAUCUACCGUGUGCAGCGCGAUAUCCCCAUGCCGCUGGUCACGUCGGGCGUCGAGAACGGCAACCUGCGCGAGCUGGCCCUGGCACGCAUGAAGGACUUCGGUACUACCUGCCGCGACGUGCGGACCCGGGAGGUGGGCGUCAACGAGGUGAAGCACAAGAUCCGGCCCAACCAGAUCGAGCUUGUCCGGAGAGACUACACCGCCAACGGCGGGUGGGAGACGUUCCUCGCAUACGAGGACCCGAAGCAGGAUAUCCUGGUCGCGCUGCUCCGGCUGCGCAAGUGCACGGAGAAAUACACCUUCCGCGAGGAGCUGGUCGGGCAGCCAACCAGUCUGGUGCGCGAGCUGCACGUGUACGGCAUGGCGGUGCCCGUGCAUGCGCGCGACCCGCGCAAGUUCCAGCAUCAGGGGUUCGGCACGCUGUUGAUGGAGGAGGCGGAACGGAUCGCGCGGGAGGAGCACGGCAGCGAGAAGAUCAGCGUCAUUUCAGGCGUCGGGGUGCGCAGCUACUACGCGAAGCUCGGGUACUGGCUUGAUGGGCCGUACAUGAGUAAGUGGCUGGACGGGAGGCCAGGGCCGGCGGAGUAAACCUGGGGUGCCCUGUAGACGGCAGUGGUCUGCAUGGUAUCG